CAGCUCGCGGUCGCUGCCGCCAUCGAUAUCGCAAUGAAUGAAUCGCGGCAUAACGACAGCGAGGACGACCGUGUCACCGACGACAGAAAUGUGGAGGAAGGAAACGGUGAAAGAACCCAAACGACCGACAACGACAGUGUACCGCAAGAAUGUAGUGUCACAUCGCAAUCCGAAAUCGUGGCCGCUAUGGGUGGUGAGGAUAAAAAUGGCAAAAAUCCCGUAGCGGAUCUAGUGCAACCCACUGGUGACAGUGAUGGUGGUGGUGGUACCGCUUCGGCGCCUCUUGUGAACCGGUUUGUUGUUCCCGGUGAAGGUGUGCGGGAGCGACAGCAGCAGCCAACGCCGCAGCAGUGUCAUAUAAAUAGUGCACCAGCAUCGAGUACCGUGACGCUGCUGGUGGGCGCCGAUCGCAGUGAUGACGAUGAUGAUGAUGAAGGGGCCCCCUUGCAAGGAUACCUGCAGUACGAGUUGCAUUCGCAGCUUCUAGCAGCUGGCGACGGCCACUGUUCCUCUUCAUCGAGCGUAACGACCGAUGCGGAAAGUAGUGCAGCAGGAGGUGGCACCCAAGAUGAGCAGGAGGAACAUGGCGGUGAAACGACGGCAUCGGCCGGCCGCAAGAGAUGCCGAAAGGUAAAGCGAGGCAAGUACUCCUUCCGGCCAGAUCAAUCCGCCUCCAGUUCCUCCGGUGGCAGCGGUAGUGAGAGCACUACUCCCUCAUCCGUAUCCUCCCGUUCUGCCUCUCCAGCGGAGGGCCCGCCGAUAAUAGGAUCGCGGGCCUUCGGGGGCGAUCAAUCCGAGGGCAGCGUCGAGACUUCCACCUUCGAUGAUGACGAUGAUGAUGAUGAUGAUGAUGUGGAUGGUGUUGAUGAUGAUGAUGAUGAAAGCGGGAACACCCAUAAACGAACGAACCGAAAACCGUUCAGUGCGGUAAUGGUAGUUAAUCCGCAUCGACGGCGGUGCAAAGAGGGAGAGCAAGGUGGAGCCGACACCGAUGAUAGCGAAACAGACGAGGAGAACGAUGGGGGCAAAGAUAGCAUCGACAAUCGAUCGAUGAACAACGACGUAGCAGCUACGAGCAGCCACAACACGUACUACCGCGGAGAGGUGGCGGAUAAUGUGAGCGAUUCUGAGCUGGAGCAGGUACCGUCAGCGGCAGGCAGGGAGGAGUGUGCGGUGGUACUGAAGCGUGUGACACACCUAAACGUGGGCGACAGUAUGGUGCCACCGUGUUGGUCACCGGAUUUGGAUCGCCGAAAUGCUGCCAAAUCGAUCGAAGUAUGCGCUGGCGACAGUGAUGGUGGUGGAGGUUUCGCGCAGCAACAACAGCAGCAGGCGUCGGGAGAGGAACAAUCGCCAGUCGCAACAACACCUUCCCCGCCGCAGUCGAUGCUAUGUGGGGUAGAUGGUGUAAACCGAGGAAGCCCCAUAACACGCAGCGAACCAGUGCCACCGGUGAACAGCAAUACCGUGACCAUAGCAGUAGCAACAGCAACAGCAGCAACAACGGCAAUUGAUCCAGAUGAGCAUAGCCAAGACAACAAAAGUGAGCCAUCGAGCAGCGCAGCUUACUGCGGCGGGGACGACCAACACAUCGACAACAACCUGACGGCGCCGUGUACGGGGCAAACAGGUAAUAAUAGCCCCUCGGCCGUGAGGCAGUCUGUACCAACACGUACACAGGUGCUGGGUGGCGAUACGCACACUACCUGCGGCUCGACGGACGAAGAGUGUAGUGGUGAGACGAUGGCGCCAGACUCUGUCGUCCCAUCAUCAACCCUUCCGUCAAUACCGUUGCCCUCGUCAGAGGUAGCGCAAAACAGCAGCACCAGCAGCAUCAACAGCAGUGGAAGCAACAAGUACAAGAGUCUUGUUUUGAUAACAGCUUCAGCUGACGGCCUUAACGAGGAAAACCGCGAACAACACGACCAAUUAGCAGCAGCAGCAGCAACAUUAGCAGCAGAUCAUCCGUCGAAGAGUGACGUGCAAAAGGUGUUGAGCGUAAACGUUGCAAGUGCUCCCUCCGACGCAACGACGACGACCACGAUACGGUUGGUUGAAGCCCACGGGAGCGGUGCAGCAUCGCACGAAAGCGAGCUGCUGGUGCUGAACAGCAGCAAUAGUGUCACCGUCAGGCAUACUAGCACCGUCGACGAUGAAGGCUCCCCUGGUAUCUCUAUGAGUCUGCCAGAAUGUCUACCAGAACGAUCGCUGCUGGAUCACGGUGAAGAACACCCACACAUGAGCAGCAGUAGUAAGGUAGGCCACGCCGAAGGUAGGCAAAACCACGGUGAUGAUGACGACGAUGAUGAUCGAAAGAGUUCAACGGAGGUACACGAACGAAACCUACCGCGCGUAACGUUGGGUACGAUCACGAUGGCAGAUGAUGACGAUGAUGAUCGAGGGCACCAGCAGCAGCAGCAACAGCAACAUCAACCGCGGCAGUACGAUCGCGAAAUCGAGAACUGUGGUGCUCGUCGUGUCGAUGAUGUGAAAAGUGCCGAAAAAGACCAAGAAGAAGAAAUCGAAGAAGCAGAAGAAGAAGAAGAAGAGGAACAAAGUGAAAUGUUGAAGUGCGUAUUGAAGGCAUCACAACAUAUCGACCCUAAUAUGUAUCCAGCUGAUCCGCCACUCUGUGCUACUGGUGAUCGUGAUCGUACCGAUUGGAGUGAGGUGCACAGGGGUGAAUCGCAUGAGGGGCGCCACUUGGAGACGCUCGAAAACGACAACGUAACGGUGGUAACGGGUGCUAGCACCUUGUCCGCAGUGAUCUGUCUGGAGGAUGGGCUAGCGGACGAUGAUUCCUGGGUCGAGGAGAUCAGCCAGGAUGAGGAGGAAGAGUUCGCUACCACGACGACCGCCACCGAUUCCGAUCUGGACGAUUCUAGUGAGGAGAUGAUGUCGUACGGUGGCGGACACAACGAUCGCGAGGAGGAACUACGCGGUUACCAUCGGACGGCGAUCGACUUUACGUUGCAUACGAUCGUGGAGGAAAGCUGUGAGGAUAGUGAGCUCGAGUCACGCGGCUCGCGAAGUGACGUGAGACGCAGGGUUCGUCGUGGUGAUCAUGGCCGUACCGGUGGUGGUGGUGGAGAGGCUGAUGAUGAUCCCGAUUUGUCAUCGGCCCAUCGGUUGUCGGCCUCGGAGCUGGAGAAGUAUUUUUUCUACGGACUCGGUGGUGACGGCGGCAGUGGUGGUGCCGGGGGUGGCGGUGAUAAUGGCACGUUAAGUGGCGGUACCGGUGCCGGCAGUUUCAGUGGAUACUACGGUACUGGCGGUGGCGAGGAUCAUAGUGAGCUGUCGGAAGAGAGUAGCUCCCUGUGCAGCGAUGGUCAUGAUUCCCUCGGCAGUGGAACGGCCUCGGGUAGUACGGCAUCGGCAUCGGCUGCCCGGUUGUCCGGCGCUUCCGGUGGAACGGAUGGUAGCCACGGGCUGCACUGUGAUGAUCAGUACGGUAGCGAUUCGGUGGGCGAUCUGGCAUCGUCCCGGUUGGAGAAGUACUUCCUUACAGGAUUCCUCGGCUACAGCAACAGUAACGAGCGAGGAAGUGGCGCUGGCGUUGGCGGCGGUAACGGAUCCGAUGGCAGUGGUGGCAGUGUUGGCAGCGACAGUGAAGGACACGCCAGCCCGGAACAGCGGCGGAAGCGGUUGGUUAGAGCACGCGGAGCAACACGCUCGCAUAGCUCUCUCGAUAAUCUGCUGGUAGCGACAACGACGAUGGCGGCGGACAGUUCGCUGGAUGCUGGAGGAUCCGCCACAACAUCAGCGACAACAGCAGCACCAGUAGCAGGAGGAGGAUCCAAUUCCCAGAGAUCUACCCCACCAUUUGAUCAACCAUCGGUCGUAGGUUCCGGUGGCGAUGUCGGUGAUUCCUCCUCGGAUACGGAUACAUGCGAUGAGCCCGGUUUAGGACCAUACCAAGACCGAUCAGAACAACACUCUCCGCACAAUACGCUGGGUAAACGCAAAAAGAAGUUCUCACUGGUGGCAAAGAAGUCCGAUAACAGAGGAACGACACCCAUCGUCGAUCAGCCUUCAUCAUCCGUGCUGCAGGUUCUUGCAGUAGUUAACGAUGGCCCCGAGACGGACGAUAACCGUAGAACACCGGUUCAGAUGGUCUUGGUCCCGGAAGAUGUGGUGGUCACUGCAGCAGCAUCGUCAGGCACGAUAGUGGCAACAGCAUCAAGUCCACAGCCGCACAUCAACUCAUCACUACAUCCUGCUCCACCGUUGGCGAUGGAGGAUGGUUCCAGGAAGCAAAACAGUCGCGACAGUGGCUUCAUUGGCAGCAAUGACGAUCUACUGAAGGAAGAUCAAGCAUCGGCUGCCGGCGCGGCCUCUUCUUUGCCGGGCGGCCCUACCGUACCGUCUGCUGGCACUAGGCGGAUCGAGCUGAAAGACAUUCUGGGUGAUUCGACGAAACCAUCGAACGCGCCGGGUGCGAGCAUACCAGCGAUAGUAACUACAACACCACCGGGUAUGCCACGAGAAUCAAAGUAUAAAUCUUCAAAAUCCACCGAUGGUGGUGGAAUGACGACGAAGGCUGGAGGUCCAUCGAUGGUUAAUUUGGCGCGGAAAGAUAGCUUCAAUAACUGGAGCUCGGAUGAGGAAACGAACUUGAUGAUGUCAAAGAUGCGCCAGUUCUUCAAAUCGUUGGUAGCGGCCUCGGCCAACAGUAGCCGUCGGCAGCACCCUAACUCGAGCAGUUCGACACCCGGCGUGAGUGGGUCGAACACACCCCAACAGAGCGGCACACCGGUGGCCAGACCACGAGGUGGUGCAGGGGCUGCUGCAGCAGCAGCAGCCGCCGCCGCCACCGCCGCCGCUGCCGCUGCAGCCGCUAACCGUACCAAGCCACCGCAACUAGUGUAUUUCGAGAAUGAACUGACACGGCUGAUGAAAACCGUGCCUGGGAUUCGCGAUGAGCAGGUGCGCGAAAUCGUCGAGUAUCUGAGCAGCGAGGAUACGUGGUCGGACUCGUACGACUCCUCGGACUAUACAAGCUCCGAUCUGGAGGGUACGGCAGCGGCUGCCGCAGUUGCUGCUUCGAUGGGCGAUCACGUCGGGCGGACUGGAAGCGCUGCGCACUCGUUUGCGUUGCAGCAAGAGAUUUCGGCCAGCUGUCGUCAGAUUAUUAACAAAUUCGACGGAAGCCUACGAAUGGACGAGGAAGGAGAUAUCGGUGAUGGUGGGCUGGUUGUAGCAGGACCGUUGGGCAGUCCAGGCGCCACCGCCAGUGAUCCGUCGUUAACACACUGUACAGAUCAAUACCAUACACCGCUGAGCAAGGAGACAGCUUUCGUGUAUCAGCGGCUAGUGGCAUCCCUGUCGAAGGCCGUAGUCAAUGAGGAUCCAACGGGGGUCGAGCUGCUGGCAGAAAGGGGCGCCACUGAUACAAAGCAGACCGCUGCAGGGACCGUUGCAGCAGGUACAGCCGGUGAUGGUGGUGGUGGUAUUGGUACAAAUGCGUCCUCAUCAUCGCCACCACUGAUAGCAAAGGUAAUGCAUCACAUAGGCAGCCGACUGGUGGCACUGAUGCACGAGGUCAGCAGUGGUGAAUCCCACGCUAGUGUGUCACCCAAGAGCAACAUCAUGACUGGUCGUGAGUAUGGCCGGGAGCAACAUACCCAUCGGACAUCGCACAGGAAGACCAAUCUAGCACUGAUGGCAGCCAGUUUGGGCGUGGCAGGUAGCACUGGCGGUGGCAUUGGAGGAUCAGGAACAGCAGGAACUGGAGCAGUAGGUGCAGGUGCUCCGGCCAUCUCGGCAACGACUACCGAAGAUGAUGAUGAUGGUGAUGACGACGACGACGAUAGCAGCACGUCGGAGAACCAUGACCAUCCGGUUCGUCAGCACUACCAUCCGCAUCAUCAUCCCUUGCACCAUCCCCAUCCGCAUCACCAUCAACAUCACCAUCAGCACUACCGGGAGCAUCGGCGGGAUCGAGCCCGUGGCGAGCAUGGUGAGGAAGAGGACGGCGGUGCAGCAGCUAUGCUGUUGCCACGCAGCAAAAGCCACGAUCUGCUGUUGGGCGAUCAGCGAUCAUCGCAGGAUCGUCGGGAUCAACUGUAUCCUAGCGUGGGGAGUGGUACCAGCGGCGAUAUGGUAGGCGAAGAGCGUGGCGAGGCGAGCGAUUACGAGCGGUUCUCGUGGCGCGGUAGCUUUGAGUCGGCACUGCUCGCGAAUGGCGAUUCUCGCACAAAGCUUUCGAUGUUGGACAAUUCUUCCUCCUCCUCCCGAUCGGUACUAGUGGCUAAGCGGCGAUCCGCCGGUGAUCUGCUGUUUAACAAUCAAAACCUAAGUCAGGAACAGCUAGACCGCGUACGUAGUUGUGGCAGCAUCGGAGGAGAGCGCGAAGACUUUGAACAACACAACCAUCAUCAGCCGCAGCCACAGCAUCAACAUCACGGUGGCAGUGGCGGCACCCAUCAUCAUUACCAUCACCAGCACCAUUCUUCUUCGGGUUAUCGAAGGCGUGCCCUGUCCAGUGUGGCGGCAGAUGAGGAGGAUACGGACUCGGAUGAAUCUGCUACCAAGGGUGUGGCCGCUAGUAACCGAUUGGUGUUGGCCUCUCGAUCAACGCUUCCUCGCAGCUUGCAAAACACGAUGACGAGCGCGACGACAAACUCGUUGCCGCGGCUUCCUACUUCCAACCUCCAAACGAUCAUGCAAUCGGUGUCCGGCAACAGCGUGUCCAUCAUGGCCGGUGGCGGUGGUGGUGGUGGUUCCACUUCUGCUUUAGCAAGUUCCACGCAUACCUCGGCUACCGCCAGCAAUGGCAACAGUAGCAACAACGGCAGCAGCAGCAGUGCGGCCAGUGGUGGAAUGGGCCAGAAGUCACAAAGUGUAUACCACUUUUUGCAGAACAAUGUAAAGAGUGCGCGGUACCGUGCGCCCGGAUUUAGCCGUACGUCCUCCUCUUCUUCGACAUCGUCGGCCGCACCGAAACGUGCCAUGUCGGCACCGGGUCUGCAACCACCGUAUCCGCGCCGAGAGCGUCGCAAUAAUCGCGUACAGCAGCUUCUGAAUGAGGAAAGCCACAGCCCAGAGUUGGUCGGAAGUGGUUCGACUACGGUCACCGCCGGUGAUGAAGAGGUUGCAGCGCAGGGUGGAAGCCCACGUACGGGAACAGGUUCUUCAUACGAACGUGCAGACGGAUCGACGAACGGCACGCAAAAGGGCGGUGGUGGUAGUAUGGUGUCGUCGCCCAUCGGAUCGGCCGGUGCCGGUAGCACUGAAAAUUGGCCGUCCCAAUCGGACGAGGAUAUUGAUCGGUUGGUGGCGUUGCAUCAGAACCGAGCCUCACUCAGCUCCCUCGGUGUGCGGUCCGAUUCGAUGGCCAGCGUGUACUCGGGGGCCGGUGAGGGCCGGUACGGUACUGUUACGGUUCGUGGACAGAUCGAAUUUGGUAUGCAGUACAACUACAAGCAGGGCGCCCUCGAGAUACAUGUGAAACAGUGCAAAGACCUGGCGGCGGUUGACACGAAGCGCAACCGCAGUGAUCCAUAUGUCAAGGUUUAUCUAUUGCCGGAUAAAUCGAAAAGUGGUAAACGCAAGACGAAGGUCAAAAAGCAUACACUGAAUCCGUUCUUCGACGAGGUGCUCCGGUUUCACAUGAGCCUUAGCAGCCUGCAGACACGCACCAUCUGGGCAACAGUUUGGCAUUCCGAUAUGUUCGGCCGGAACGAUUUCCUGGGCGAGGUUAUGAUGGGACUGCAGGAUAAGGUGUUUGACAAUCCGCAACCACAGUGGUACCAGCUGCAAGAGAGGAGUGAACCAUUUGAAGACUUAUCCGCUUACAAGGGCGAUAUCAUUGUUGGUCUGAAGUAUGUGUCGGCCGACGGCGACGGUGGAGGCAGCAUUGGUGGAGGAUCGAGUAGCGUAAACGUUGCCAGCGGUAGUGUUGGCGGUAGUGGGGGCAGCGGUGGCGGAUUUGGGACACUAAAUCUGCGCAAGUUUAGCACUCGCUCGCUCACCUCCAGCUCCUCCAUAUUGUCAGCCGGGCAUGGCAAGGGCGCGCUGCAUGUUCUGGUGAAGGAAGCGAAACACUUGCAACCGAUCAAAUCGAAUGGCACUUGUGAUGCGUUCUGUAAGAGCUAUCUGCUUCCGGAUAAGAACCGUAGCUCUAAGCAGAAAACGCCGGUGAUCAAACGGACCAACUCACCGGUUUGGAACUAUACCUUCGUGUACGAGGAUGUCUCGCUGGCGGAGCUUUCCGAACGGGCACUGGAACUGACAAUCUGGGAUCACGAUCGGCUAGCUAGUAACGAGUUUUUGGGUGGCGUUCGGUUUUCCCUCGGCAACGGUAAACAUAAUGGCAGGGCCGUCGAAUGGAUGGAUUCGACCGGCAAAGAGCUAUCGCUGUGGCAGAACAUGAUCAAUAGGCCCAACUUUUGGGUCGAGGGUGCCCUCGUAUUGCGCCCGUCACUAGAGAAUGCAAAGUUUUCCACAUAAUUUUGUGAACACCCCGUAGAAUUUGUCCCGAGCAUCCGAGGAAUCUGUUAGUAGUUUUUAGUCGAUUCCUCACCUUUUCCCUCCCUCUUUAAGUAUUACUCUCCCACUCUCUCUUCCUAUCCAUCUCUCUAUCUCUUAAUGUCUCUAUUCUCUUCUCUCCGCUCCCAUCACCCUUAGUAGCUUUGAUCCUGUAGAGCAACCUACGAGGGGAACGAUCCUCGACCAAUCAUAGAUACAAGUAGAAACCGAGGACGGUAAGAAGUGAAUUGUGAUGUUGCUUUGCAAUCAACCUAUACAAUAUGAUAUAAAUAUUGUGGUUUAUAAAGGACAGUAAAAUUCUAGUGUAAGACAAACGAAAGAUAAGACAUGCAACUUCAAAACUACCAUCGGUGCACGCUCCGUUUGGUGAAUCAUCUUUUCUCAACCUCAACGGGAGGAAGUUGAACACGGUAACCACUAAUGUUAUCACAGGGUAAACAGAAACAAGUGGGAAACGCACGUGGACGAGUGAGAUAGAUUUGGAAUGAUACACAAUGGAGUAGUGGUAGCAGUAGUAGGAGUCAUAGUAGUACUAUUAGUAAUAGAAGUAGUAGUGGUAGUAGUAGCAGGACCAGUAUUUGCGGCAGAGCGAUACAAGGACAGUGGAAUAACGUUAUCCUCGACAUGUCAAUCGACUGACGAUCGACCUCGUGAUGUGGGCGAAACAAAAUGAAUUUUUCUGUGUUCAUCUGUAUCAUGAUAAGCCUACCUACCCCACCCCUCUGUGAGCUUCGUAUAUAGAAUUGUUUGUGUAGCCACCGAAUAGAUCGGUGGUAGCCAAACAAAUGGAGCUAUGGGGCGUACGCGUGGAGUAUUUCUUUUCUUUAUUAUUAUCUUCUUACAAUAAUAAACCAAAACGAAAUUCAGCUGAAGCAGUACACCACUGCUGCUUAGAUGCUCACCGUCCCCCUAGCAGGAUGGCCAAACACAGACGUGGAGUGCCACGCACUGUCUCUCUCUCUCUCCCUUUCACCCGAUUCAGCUCAAAAUGUUGUUGCACUAUUUGUGUUGCCUCAAUAUCCAUCCUAUCGAUACUAGUACACACACCACGCACACAUUACAUGCCGGCUGUUAACCCUGCCUAUACUACAACAACAGCGAAUAAAAUCCCCCAUCCUAGAGGGAGGGAGGGAUGGGUUCUCCAUCUAAUUAGAUAUAGCAGGCGACAGGAGCAGCGAGCGGUGUGGUUGCAUAUUUGAUUUUUGAAUUUUUGUUUUGUUGGUUUUUAUGUCAACAUCAACGAUCUUUGGACAUAUCAUGUUUGCACCACAAACCGCAAAGCAAAGCUUCUACUUCCUGCCACCGGCGAUGUUGGCGACGGAGUUGUUGGUGGUACACAAGAUCGAGUUAGGAACGCACGUGCCAUUAACUUUACUCUUGUUGACCGUUUUUCGUCCCUUCUUUAAAACAGAUUCACUCUCUGAUUGUUAUUACAGUUGUCAUUCAUUGUUCAAUCUUGAGCCUGGUUCUUAAGGUGAGCGUGGCCUGGUGAGCAGGCGUGUGUGCAACAGGUGCGCGCCAGAAUAGUCCAGUAGAGUAGGCGCAUCGCAUGCACACAAAGCCGCAUGCAAACGUCACGCUCACCAAACCCUUGAUACAUAUACACAUUUAUCUACAUAUUUACAAUUCUUACAACAACAAAAAGAAGAAAAAAGAAGAAACCAAUCAAAUGACUGACCAUGUUUAUAUUAUGAUAUAAUGAUAAAAUUGAUAUGAUAUAUCUUUGAGAGAACGAGCGAAUAAUCAUAGAGAAAGGUGCAUACGCACACAAAAAACGGUGAAUGCAGUGAUGCAUCUGCAGUGAUGGCCAAGGAGGUUGUCUCCCCCUCUCCCUUCUCAACCAGCGAUCAAUUGAAUGUUUGAUACAUGCUCAGUGAAAGAUGAAGAGAGAGAGAGAAAGAGAGAAAGAGAGAGAGAGAGAGAGAGAGAGAGAGAGAGAGAGAGACAGAGAGAGAAAGGGCGAAAAAAGCGGGGUGUCCUGGGUACGAUCGCACUAGCAACGAUCGCGCAGCUGUAGGAACCAAAAUUAGGAUACAAGAUUUUGCGCGACAAAGGCUCCUUGUCCUGGUGAUCUUUUUCCGCGAUGGACUUCGCUUACUACUACUGCUAGACACGCUGGAUCGAUUGAAGAGAAUGGUAAAUCCACUUCUCGUAACAAACAGGGCGACUACCUUAACACAGAUGAAUGAAAACAGAACAGAAAGACAGAUGAUGAUUACAGUGGAGUGUUUUGUGACUCGUUGUUGUGCGCAUACGUACAAUAUACACACGUAUUUUGUAAAAAACGAAUAAUUGUAACACAAUUCUAUUGAUAAUGAAUAUGAAUUAUACACGGAUUCCAUCGAUCGUCGAAUGGAGCAUACGGAGAUGGAAAUGGAGAGGAGAGCGCUAGAGCGAUUUAGAAAAUGUGAAAGCAAACAGCAGAGAAACAGAUAGCGAAAGAGCGAGAGAAAGAUGAAGAAAGAAAGAAAAAAAGAAAGAAAGAAGAAGAAAACUCACAUGGAUCACGCAAAAAAUCUUAUGAAACUUCGCGAUUAGUGUUUUACAAAUUAAACUCCGCCUGCAAACACAGGGGAAGAUAGUAGACAGUAUCAUACUGGUUCCACAUACACACAUACAUACGGUCUCAUGCAAUACCCAACCACAGACACAUACAAUCAUUUCAUCUUUGGCACAUAACCAGGACGCGCUUGUGCUUUGGUUCGCCCUAGAAGUUCUUAUUUUGCCGAAGAAUUGAUGGGUGAGUGUUCUCAUAGAUGAGGUUGCAGCAAAUAAGAUUUUCCCCGUCCUAGCGACCAUUUGACUUUUUUUUAGGGAUGAUCGUAUCGUUCCAAUGCAGUCGCCGGUCGGUUAAUACGCAUGAGCUAUAUUCGCGUAUAAUGAAAAAUAAGGGGUAUUUUCUUUUUUUUUGGUCCCAAUUUGUUCGAUUCUAAGACUUAGCUUCCAGGGCUAAAAAAAAAAAACAAGAAAAUGCAGAUUGGAAAAGCGCACCCAUAUUUUGUCUAUAAUACUGCAACCACCAUUUGUUACUUUUGGAAAGAGACAUUGCCAUUGCCUUAUGCCUUACCUACAUUAUGUGAGGUGUUAGCGAAGCGAUAAGAUGUAAUUUGUUGUGGUGUUUGUUGAUUCAUCAACACCAGUCUGUGCAGUCAUACAAUACAAUUUUGAUGAGAAGCACACACCCACUCACAUACACAGUAACAUUGAACAGGUGCGCUGAACCCACUGUGCUGUGCAUAUCGUUAACUGAGUCUUACGGCAUAUUACUAUUUUGACUCUUCCAUGGUUCGCCCGUCUUUUACGCGAGUUAGAAUGGUGAAUCCAGUCACCUUCUGCUCUUCAUUACUGUAGUAUCCAUGAAGGAAAUUAUUGCUGCCAAACCAUCCGUUCGUUCGUUCGUACGUUCGUUUGGCCUGAGUAGAAAUCAUAGCGUUAGUGAGACAACCUACAUAGUAAAAGCAGUAGUCAACGUACAGCAGUAGUCAAGACAGACAGUUCUAUUGUACUGUUGAACAAUACCCAAGUAUUAGCAUCUCACUCCGUAGCAAUUAUUCACGGUAGCAUAGUUAUAGGUAUCUCCAGUGUGUGAGAACAUUGUUUGGCUUACACCUUCUUUUCAUUCGAUCGAGAAUCAUAGAGGCGUUGUUUAUUGUAGUAGUUGGAUAGUCUUGUGUGUGUGUUGUGUGUGUGUGUGAUUUAUUGGUUCAUGUUAGCGCCAAACGCAAGCAAUCCUGCAAUCUUCCUUUUUUGCAUGGCUAUUGACAGUUUCUGUGGACAUUAAUGCUGGCCAGCAGUUCUACUAGGUUCUUGCAGAUCGCUUCAAAAUAUGAUCGAUCAGCUUAGAACACACUUAGAAGAAUAUAGUGAAUAUUGAUUCUCUUCUUUCAUCUCUGUCUCUCUCUAUCUCGCCCACUCGCUCCUUCUAUCAAAUGCAAAAAUACAGUUCACGCACGCACUAGUACAAUCAUUUUUUCGCAAUGGAAAAGAAGGGAGGAAAAAGUCGGGUCAUACGGUAAAGCUGGUUCAAGGAGAGGGAAAGAGAAACAUGUUGUGGAUUGUACCGUUUGCCAAAGCAUGGGGAUUUCAAUUGUCGCACUACUAGCAGUAGCGAACAGGGAAUCGGAAGAGAUGAAGACGCACGGCAGAUGGGCGGGCGUUGAGAUUAUUUAAAUAGAAUUUGUUUAAGAAAAAAAGUAUUAUUGUUCUGAAGAGUAGGCGCGGGAAGAUACACCGUAAGCAGAAAAGGAUUAAUUUCGCUUUGAUUGCUACUUGAUCAUAACGCUGCGAUCGUGACGAUGAAGGCGAGGCGAUUGCUCGAUUAACGCUAUGAGUGUCGUUUGUCCAAAUCUGAUGGAACCUGUCCUAAGCAAUCGUAUUUCAACGUACACCGUACGAACACACCAUACCACAGGCAACGCGUAGUAUCUUACAGAAUGAAACCGAAAGCUAUAUUAAAACCAGAUCAACCUUUUUAUCUACAGUAAUCUUACGGGAAUGGGUCAAUUGCAGCUAUUCAGCACCAGCAGGGUAGCUAACUAUUACUUAAUAUUUCAAUUGCUUGUGCGUCGUAUAGCAACAGAGGAAGAGUAAAGUGCGCUCGUGUGCGAAGAGGGCGGAGGGAGGGAUCAAACUAUUGUGAGAGUGGUGUUGAGUAUCUUCAAGAUGCCUUGCCUUAAUCAUAAUCUAAACUGUCCUUUUUGGCUUUUCUCUCGCUUGCACAUGAUUGAGUAGCGCGUUUGGAGGAACUUCUUGGCAAUACUAACCGCAAACCUUUACAUUAGCAGAACCGGCGACAACAGCAAAACAGCGCGUGAUUUUGCAUCGCCUUUCGCUAUGUGUACUCUCUUUGCGCACUUCGUUUCUAGCCUUUCUAAACCUCAUCGCAAAGGAACAAAUCAGAAAUGGAUGCUCAUUAUAUACACUUAUUGGUAAUAUAUAUAGAACUAUAUAUAUACAUAAAUAUAUAUAUAGAUAUAUAUACACACAUUCAAUAUAUUUAUGGCAUGUAUUUAAGUGCAUGAUGGUAGUAAUUAUAAAUUAUAUUCAUUAAGUGUAGCUGUCACGAUAUUGAACAGUUUUGUGCUGCAAGUGCAAGACGAAUGAAGGAGAGAAGCAGGAAGCGCAGUAAUGUUAGUUUUCUUUUGCACUUAUGAAAGUAUUGCUUGAAUUAGUUACUCAUCCCUCGUCAUGUUUGAUCACCAAAUCAUCCUUCUCAAAGCAGCAGUAGCUGCGAAAGAAAGGAAAGUACACACACACACACACACACACGCGUACAUACAUAAACUUGUACAAUCGGGGCCAUCGAGGGAGCGGAACAAUUAGUAGAUCAGGAGGAGAUCAAACACAAACACGCAAAAACCACCCUCCUAAGGCGAGCGAGGCACAAUCCAUAGCAAGAAUGAAGAGAAGUGAAGAGGAAAAUAUGUAAGUUAUACAUAGAUAUACAUAUGAUAUACAUAUAUAGAUACAUAAAUAGGGGUCAAAACGGUAAGAGUAAAAACACAUCACGCUCGACAUGAAUUGAGUUGCAUAAGUAAAGUGACGAGAAGACGAGAUAGCGAACAGGAUAACGGAAGACAAAAAAAGAAAGGAAACAAGUGCAAUACUUUGUGAACACUCUUCCUCUUUCUGCUCUGCAGCACUAGAUAAUGUCUCGAACAAAAAAGGUAUAGAAAUAUAAUCCAACUCUCUCUUUCUCUCUUCCAUUGGGGCGCGCAGUGGUGUAAAUCUGUGGCCGCUGCGUAGUGUUACGCGAAGGCAAAAAAGAAGAAAAUAAACAGUCUAAUAAAAUAAUGUACUGCACCUCUCGAA